AUCCGAGUUGCACGGCGCGGAAGUGGUCGAUGCGAACAGAUGGUGGGCAUCGCUCGACGGCGCCGAAUUGUCCUCGAUUGCCCCGCUCCACCGUCCAAAUCUUGCAAUCAACCCAUAUAUAAACCCCUUCCCCCUCUCUUUUAACUCAGCCUCAGCCUCUGCCUCUGCCUCGCUUCUUGGAUCAGAGUCAUCGUACAAUCGGGCAGAGCAAAUAGAAGCCACUGCAAUUAACAAAAGAGUAAAGAGAAACAGCACUUUACCCAUGGCAACGAGGGAGAAGCCGGCAGCCGGCGAUGAAGGAGGAGGAAAGGAGACGCAUUUCCGGGGGGUGAGGAAGCGGCCGUGGGGAAGGUACGCGGCGGAGAUACGGGACCCGGGGAAGAAGAGCCGGGUCUGGCUUGGAACCUAUGACACGGCCGAGGAGGCAGCGCGGGCAUACGACGCCGCUGCUCGCCAGUUCCGCGGAUCCAAGGCCAGGACUAACUUCCCCCGCCCGGACGCCUGCCCGUGCCCCGGGCCCGCCAGCGUCAUCGUCGCCCCCUCCGCAGAAGCUGGCGGCGGCGGCGGCGGCGGCAGCCCCAGUAGCCAGAGCAGCACGGUGGAGUCCUCCAGCCGCGAGGCAGCUGUACCGCCCCUCGCGAUCCCGCUCCCGCCCUCGCUCGACCUCGAUAUCCUCCGCCGCAGCGGCAUCAGCGGCUGCGCUCGGUUCCCCUUCCAGCCGUACCCGGCUGUCGCCACCCCCGCCAUGCAGCCGGGACACCGGUACUUUCUCUUCGACACGAUCGUCAGAUCUGAGAAAGCAGCGGCAGCUGCGGCGAUAAGCCGCCACCACCUCCUCACGCUGUACCCGCCCACGAUCGUCGCCGAUCUGAACUCUGCGAUAGCCAGCGGCGUCCAGAGCGACUCCGACUCCUCGAUGGUCAAUCUCCACCGCAACCACCGCUCUUCGCCGCCGCACAGGAUGCUACCCCUGGAUCUCGACCUCAACCUUCCCCCUCCGCCCGAGAUCACGUGAUCCGCCCACCACCGCUUCCCCCACCUUCCUCCGAACAACAAUAUCCCGUUACCCGUCUCAUUCCCCGCCUUGAAAUACUUCUCUCGAAUCAAGCCCAAAAAGGACCAACUUAGUAUUCCGUUUUUCUUAUUUCUUUACUUUUCACUUAGAGAGAGAAAGAGACCGAAAAAUAUUGUAAAUAUUUAGUUCUUUUUUCCUUUUUUUUCCCACAGAAAAGGAAACCCGUAGUACCAUUUCCACUGACAAUAAACGCUUUUUUUAUAUUCUACGGAGGGAAAACGAGGGAUGGCUAGGCAGACUUUUGUCCAUUUCUUGCUUGUUUCCAUUGCGACAAUUUGACAACCACCUUUCGUUGUCAACGAUCACUUAGACGCGUCAGUAAGCUACUUCACGGGGCAGCGAUUCUGAUACUGAAGUAACUACUCCACCGUCGCUCACCAGCUUUGUUUGUGGGUCACCUACGAAACCAAAUUAGGAUAGUGAUCCACCGUCAUUCAUAAAUUAGGACCACGUCCUCCAACCUCUUAUCUCGUAUCAUUACGAGGAAAUUUUCGACGGUGCUCAACUCGAUGAUGUCGCAGAGCGCAUUCUUACCGCGAACAAGUCGGCCCAACUAUCUGACCACGAGUCAGCUCGCAGAUUCAGGCACGAGU